AUGGCAGCACAGGCCGCCCUCGGAGCCGCGGCCACGGCCGCUGGGCCGGCAGAGGCAGGCGCCGCGGCCUUGCCUCGCGGCGGGCCGCCCGGCAGUCUGCUCACGCGAGAGCAAGUGGCGGCCGCAUACGGCCCUCAGCUGCGGCGCGCCCAGGCGCUCGCUGCGGCCGCCGCCGCCUCGGGGCGCUGCCCGGGGCCGCCUCCGGCCCCCGUGCCGCCUGACGCACCGGACGACGUGCAUCGCCAGGUGGACAGCGGCUUUGCCAACGUGGCGGCUGUCCUGCUGGCUGAGCGGCUUGAGGCGGCCGGCUGCUGCGCGGCGGGCAGCCUGGAGCUGGGGGCCGCGCCGGCAUUGGCGCAGACAGCAGGGGAUGACCACGACAACGACGGCGGCGCGGCGGGGCGCCCGACGGCGGCGGCCGGCUACAGAGGGUACGCGGUGCUGGUGCUGCAGGCUGCCAACGGCGUGCGCGAGGGCCGGGCCGUGUUCCUCAACGCGGGCGCCACCAGUCACACGCCGGCAGCGGCCCUGGAGCUGGCCGGCGUGCGGCUGUGCUACGAGGCCGGCGCGUGCGCGGCGCACCUGCAUGGCUUCGCGGUGCUCCGCCCCCCGAUCAUCCACAAAGAGUCGGCGCCGAGCGGCCAAUCCAAUGCAAAGCGGCGACUGCACGUGCCGGUGACGCGCGCGCGGGCGCGGGCAGGGCCGGAGGUGCAGCAUGAGGGGGCGACGCCUGCCAAGCGGCAGCGGCUUCGCGAGGCCGCUGAGCGCAAGGACGACGCUGGGAGCCGGCCGGCAGGCGGGACCGGGGGUCCGUGA